AUGGAAGAAACUACAACGAAAAGACAGAAAUUGUCGAGUGUUGAAUAUAAUGCCGAAGAUAAAUCUAAUGAAAUGAGUCAACCUUUUGAAUUACAAGAAAUUCAUAUUUUAAAUCUUCCUAAUGAAAUUCUGCUUUAUAUCUUCAAUUACGUCAAUAUUUCUUCACGAAAAGUUGUUUCAGAAGUUUGUAGAAAGUUUUAUGAACUAAUAUGUAUCGUUGAACGAGACUGUCAUCCACUCGAACUUAGUUUCCAACAGAUUUAUAAUGAAGAUGUUCGAAUUUCAAUCAUUAAUUCAUCUCGAGAAUUCAAUGAGCUUACAAUCAAUCAUUACAGUCAAAGUACUUCCAUCUUGGAAAACAUAAAAUAUGUGAAUGAUGUGACGCAAAAGUUCGGAGCAAGACUAAGAAAGUUUGAAUUGGUUUCAGACGGUGGUCGUGUGUCAACCUUGAAAGAGUCGCAGUUAAUUAAAAUACUUAGUUCCAUUCCCAAUGUGGAAGUUUUGGUAUUGAACAAUAUUGUUGUGAAAAGUGAACAGAAUCCUGAUGAUAACAUUGCUGAGUUCAACUUACACAAACUGAAGGAGUUAACAAUUGAUGAAUGUUACCUUAAUUCUCUAAUCAUAUUCAAAAGAAUACCAAAGGACACAUUAAGAAAAUUAACAUGUUACCUUAAUUCUCUAACCAUAUUCAAAAGAAUACCAAAGGACACAUUAAGAAAAUUAACUUUUACAUCUGAUCCUGUUGAUCAAAUGCAGUUCCAACAGUUUUUAAAUCAACAAAGAAACAUUAAAAAAUUUGAAUUAUUUGAUAUGACGGAAGUUAAGUUUAAUCAUCUUAAACUUGAGCAUUUAAAGAUAAGCCAAAAUUGUUUGAUGAAUAUUCCCGAGGUCUUGCAACAGCAACCAAAACUUCUUCAUCUUGACUCUGCAACCACUUUGUUUAAUGACGAAGCUUUUGCAGCAAUGUGUGAAUUGAAAAAUCUUGAGAUAGCAAAAAUUAUCAUCGAUGAAGUGUCUGGAAACGUUUUUCAAUUUUUGAGACAAUUGGUUAAUCUAAAAGAAUUGCGAUUAGAAUCUUAUUGUUGUGAAGAAUGGAAAAAUCUCCGUGAGCUAAGCGUAAUGCCAUUAAAUAUUGAAAAGUUGACACUUUUAUAUUGUGAUGAAAGGAUUCCAGACGAAAUCUUUAUUCAAUCAAGCCAAAACCUCAGAAAGCUCAAACAUAUUGAAAUUGUUAAUAUCUCAAUUCAGAUCAUCAACACAAUUUUGCAAUAUUUUCCUAACCUUGAGUCGAUUUAUUUUGGUUUUGGCUAUAUUUACGGUGUACCAGAUGAUGAACUGAUCAUCAAUGAACAAUUGAACUGCGAAAAUCUCAAGCAAUUUGUUGUAGUAAACAUCGAUGAUGAUCUAGAGGAAAACUCAAGAUCACUUCUUAAACUCGUCAGUCUGUGUCCCAAUCUUGAACGAAUUAUGUUAUCACAAUUGUGUCAAACAGUGAAUGAAGAUCUGCAGCAAAUUUUGAAUGAUCAUCCUAAGUUAACUCAUUUGAGUCUUGAAUUCACUCAUUUUCAAUUUGAAAAUGAAACAAUCGAGCUCAUUCGUAGCACAAGAAAAAGACUCCAACUCAUACGAUUAGCAGGACUGAGUAGCCUUCCAUCCCGUUUAAUUUUGGAAGAACUAUUUGAAGCAGAUUUUCCUUAUAUCAAUGACAAUCCAUCGAGCUCAAUCGAACUCAUCCUUAAGAAAAGAAACAUUACCGAUUGGUAUUUGAAUUUUAAAGACAUGGAUUCUUAUUAG